AAAUGCAUAAGAGUGUCGAUGAAAAAACCUCUGUAGUCUUUGAAAUCUGAGCAACAUAAGACCAGCUCCAUCGACGAGUUCAGGAGAGGUUCUAAGGGAAAAAAGACAAAAAAAAUAAAUGAAAAAUGCAAAAAUAUGAAAGAACCGGUGUUUAAUUAGGAGAAAGUAGAAGUGGUAAAAACCCCUAAUGUGGCGGAUCCGUAUUGGCUUAAAAAAAGAGUGUGAAAUCAGUUUCUCUCCUUCGCCGUGCUUUGUGCGAAAUCAGUUUCUCUUCUUCCUCCAUUCUCGAUCACUCCGUCUCCUCUCUCGAAUCUCAUCUCAUCCUUCUGGGUUAGGCAAAAUCUCCUUCUGAAGCUAUGAUGAAGAUCAGAAGGGAAGAAGGCUUCAAGAGAAUGAUUGUUUCUGGAAAUCGAUGGUGGGAAUGAGCGUUCAACGGGAAGCCGACGAAGACGGCAAGAUCUCACGGGAAGAAGUUUCAGGUCACGGUGGAGAAGGAGACAUCAAGGAUUUUGUUGUAGAGCCUGAUUGGGAAGUUUUAUUGAAACUGAUUGGGAAGUUUUGUGAAUGUAAUGUCUUAUGUGUUGGACUUGUACAAAAGAAAAGCUACUUGUCCUUGGUGGAAAUGGGUUUGUGGGAUCACAUGUCUGUAAAGAAGCUUUAGAUUGCGGCUUAUCUGUCUCUAGCCUUACCAGAUCAGGUAGGUCGUCUGUACAAGAGUCAUGGGCUUCCAGAGUUACAUGGCAUCAAGGUACUUGUUAGAUCACUUCAACAUGUUUUAGGAACUAGAAUGUUUCCUCUAUGCUACUUCCAGAGUUACAUGGCAUCAAGGUACUUGUUAGAUCACCUCAAUAUAUCUUCUAAAACACUUCCAUCUUACUAUUUGGUUCUCGUGUAUUAGUUUUCGUUUGUCUUCUCAAAUACUUGUAAAAAUCUAAAACACUUCCAUCUUACCAAUUGCUUCAAUGUCAAAAGAAAAAAAAUUAAGAACUUCGUAGGGGUUCUCCCAUUGGACCUUUUCAAAACAAAUUACAAUAUUAAGGGUUCUAAACUAUUUAAAAUACACAAUUAAUAAUUAAAUUAAUUUUAAGAACCCAUUAAAGGUUCUAACCAAUGGAGGUGCUCUAAGAGCACCAGUAGUGGUCAUUUUUAAGAACGGUUUCUUCCUGCAAAUAUAAAUAAAAAAAACGGAAUAGCAGGAGAGAGGAAUUGAAAAAAAGAGAAUCGAUUGUUCUUUCAGAUACUUUUCACAAGGUUUAAAGCCCUAAGACUAAUGGCCACUUAUCAAUUUUUUAUUGCCACACUUCUACUUUUCACUUUAAAUUUUAUUUGAUUAACAAAAUCACUUUAGAUAAAUUAUGCAAUAAUGCUAGAGAAACUAUGUCUAAGAAUUUAUUACUAAUGGAGCAUUCCCAGUGGAGAGUUCUACCCUGAGAGUUCUAAAAAUACAUGAAUUUUUUUUUUCCAGCUACAAGAAAUUUACUCUGAUACGGUGGAAACCAUCCGAUGUAUGAAAAUGUGUAAACACCUACACGACGUUUAUGUUAAUACAUGCCACAUAUACAAAGUAAAUGAUUAUAAGGUAGCAACAUCACAAUCGGGUUUAAUUGAUUUUAUUUUAAGUUAAUGGGUCAAUACGUAAUUUAUCAAAAAAUCAAAUUAAAACCAAAAAUCCGACCCAACCUAAGGAAUAACCCGACCCAACCUAACUAAUUACCCGACCAAACCUAAAUCUAAUUAGGGUUCGGCGAUUUGGUUUUGAUGCUCGAACGCUAAAGGUACACUACAUGAUUGAGAUUAUAUAACAUUACACUCCAAGAAAGAGCAUCACAUUCCCGGACGUAUAAUCGGCGGUUACAUGUGGUUGGAGUUUUCGAUUCAAAUCGCUCAAAAACUCGUUAUCUACAUGAAAAUCAAAAUUUUCUCAGCUAAAAGCUUAAAAUCAUAUAUAUUAGGUUAUGGUUUAUUCUAAUCAAGUAAACAUCAUUAGAAAACACAGUUAAACUGUUAAAACCGUGAAGGAAAAAACAAAAGAGAAACAUAAAUUAAGGUUUUGCGAACAGAGGAUAAGAAGAAGAUGAGGACAGUAUUGUCAUUUUACAUUUAUUAAUGAUAAAUUAUUGAAAUAAACGAAACACCCCCUUCAUACCUCGAACACGCGACCUGGACAACGUUAUGGAGGGAACCAACCACUAAACCACGACAGAUAACAGUUAAACACCUAACAUAAUAUAAUAUCUAUAUUUUACAAAACCAUCUUCUUUAUCGUCAUCUUCACAUUUGUCUUCUGUAAAAUUAUCUUCUUUGUGAAGUGCCUGCCCAAAUCUUUUUAGUCUCAUCUAAUCUCAAGUUUAAAAUCGAUUUUCUGCAAACACAUAUAUAUGUUCUCAAUUUUCUCUUGUUGAGAUCUACACAUGAACUCAUACAUGAACACUCAUAUAAAGAAAAUUCUGAACCCAUGUCUGUUUUGCUUCAGAUGGCGUCACAUGUACACUACAAACUAUUGUACCGAUAUACGUCAAGCCUUCCGAGAACAAUUUUUCGUCAGUAAUUUUCGAGGACUUCCCAACAAAGAGGGCCGUUGCGAUGUACCUUUAGCGUUCGAGCAGCAAAACCAAAUUUUGACACAUUUUCAUAUAUCGGAUGGUUUCCACCAUAUUACACUAAACUUCGUGCAGCUUAGAAACUUUUUUUCAAAAUACAUAUAUGCAUAUGUAUAUUAUAUAUUAUAUAUAUAUAUAUGUAAUUGCAAGGUUUUAAAUUUUAUGGAAACUCCUAAGCCAGAACUCCCCCAUUGUGAGCAAAAUACAUAUAUGUUGGGUUUUCCAUAAAGUUUUAAACUUCGCAUAUAUGUGUUUUUAGAACUCCUAAGCUAGAACUCCGCAAUUGGGGGUGUUCUUAGCGUCUGUAAGCAUAAAAAAAAGACGUUUACACUCAGAGACACUUUGUGUCUUUUGUUUACGCUCAAAAACACAUAGUGGAUAUGACACACAUUGUUGGGACAUGUGUUUUUGUGGUGGACAAAAAAGCCCUUAACUUGUUAACCAGAGUGAAUGGGAAGAGGAUGUUUCCUUUAAGGAACCAAACCAGAUAUCCCUUCUGAUUGGAAUAAAUGAAAGAAGCUAAAAAGUAAAAGUAGUUUUAAACUCAGUUUUUUGGAUUAAGCAUUUGUGGGACAAAUGAAAUAUGGAAAUAUAUAUUGUGGAUAGAAAAAAAAAGUGGAUUCAUGAAUUGUGAACACGUAAAUUACAAAUGAGUUGUAGAAACAAGAAUUAUGGACAAGCAAACUAAAAUCUGCUUAAUUAUCUUUUUACUUGUUAUAUGUACAUAAAUAUAGUAUAAAAGUUAAGUAAAUCUGAAAAGUCAUCGAGCACAAUCAAUAAAAGAUUUAUGGACAGAAAGAAUGUGGACGCAAGAAACGUGGACACUUAACAUAUACUUAUGGAUAGAUAUGUAUGGACGUAAUGGUUGUGGUUACGGUGAACAGUUGACAGGGAAUAAACUAUUCUUCUCUGUUCUCUGCUAAUUUUAGAACAAAGAGACGAAAGUUGAGAUAUAUCCUUAGAAACAAAACAAAGCUAAAAUGGUUCGAUUUUGAAUCAGAAAUUGCACCUUGCAUGUCAAGUGUUUGUGGACAUGAAAAGUUGUGGACGAGUUAGAUAUGAACAUACACAUUGUGGAUGGUAAAAGUAUGGACAUUGGAAAAUGUGAACACAUAAAUCAAGGUUUUGUGGAUGAAGAUCUUGUGGAUGAGGUCUUAUGUUCAAGGUUUUGUGGAUGAAGAUUCGGCAGCCACCUCCACCAACCACCACCAUUGUAUCCAUACUCACGUCUUCCACCAUCGCCUCCACAACCACCACCGCCUCCACUGUGGUAUCCACCGCUUCUUCCACCACGCCCUCCACCGCCACCGCCAUCGUUUCCACGGGACUGAGCUUCGAGAAUCUAUCUGUUGCAAAAAGCCUUUCGGGGAGACGGAACUCACCUUCCAUGACGGGUUUCUCUCAAUCAACGGUGGCUGGCGGUGGUUAAUGACGAAAUCGACUAUCGCCGGAGAAGAUCUGAUUUUUAGAAACUUGAUUAGGGUUUGGCGAAGGUUUGAGUUUCUAGAUCUACAAAAAGUCGGGGAAGAGAGAAAACUAGGGUUUGUCUCUUGGAAUCUACAAAAUGAGAAAGAGUAAAGAGAUCGACUAUUUCAAAAUUCAAGUAAAAAAUAUCUGAAAAUAUAUUAUUUGUUUUAUUGUUUCUAUGUUUGUUCGGUCUCUCUUUAGUUAGUGGUUUACUAGUUAGGAAAACCAAUUUUUCUAGUUAGACAAUUCAUGAAACCCACUUUCGAUAGAGGUGAGGGUUAAGCUUGACAUUUCACUAAAAGAAAGUGUCCACUAAAACCAAAGUGUCUUAGAGUGUAAUUCAUAACACAAAUUGUGUGUGGGCGUAAAUAUUUCUUAAAAAAACACUGUGAAGUCGCAAGAACUAAGACACAUCAAUUAGCCAAUCACAUCAUUUGCUCACGUCCCUUACUAAUUUUAAAUUGACCAUCACACAUCCAAAUAGUUAGCCAAUCACAACAUCUAAAUAUGCCACAUCAUUUUCUUUUGUCUCUGAAGUACUAUUCCAUUUUCCUCAUCUGCUAAAUAAACGUAUUUUCCCGUACCUUUAAUCAUUUUCUCAACAAAGAAUUUUUUUAAGAUUUUAUAUAUGUGAAUCGUUCUAUUUGGUAUGUCAAGAGAUAUUUAAUCUGUGACAUCAUACUCUCUUCACUCGAUCUGCUGAUGAUUUCAGAAGAUUCUCUCCAAAUUCAUGUUAGCUUUCUCGACAUAUCUGCAUCCAAAUUAAGUGGAUCCAUUGCAUCCAGAUUUCUUCGAGUUCACUGGUCGUGUGGUUACUUUAGUGUUGAUGCAAAAAGUUCAAAGUGGGGGUGCUACUCAGGCCGUGUUUUCUUCCUACAGUUGGACGGAAAGAAAAUUGGUUUGUAAGAUAUCUGAGGACACGGAUCGAAUCAUGUACAACAGCUGCAAACAGAUUCUAGAGAUGAAUCCAGUGUCUAUCGAUUCAUACGCAGGUCUUGGUCUAGCAUUUGUGUCUGAAACCGAGGUGCUGGGAGAAAGGGAAACAGAAGAGAUACUUAAAGAUGAAAAGUCCAUUGCCGUUAACAACGAGAGCAGGGAACAAUAUGUCAGUCUCCUAAUCAAAAAUCGAUUUGCAACAUCAAUCUCUGAGUAAGUAAAUCAGUUUUCUCAGGGAUUCUCGGAUAUAGUUUCAGAUACUUUACCGUCCACAUCCUUUUUCAAGAUUGCGAUUAUAGAUUUAGGAUUUCGAUAGCAUGUUUAGAAGAGGAGAAAACCUGAUAAGCAUAGAUGAUUGGAGAGCGCAUACAGAGUACCAUGGAUAGCACUACCAUCUUGUGUAGGAUAGUCAUGUCCAAAUACAUUGAGUUCAGGAAAUCUUCCAACCGGAACUUGCUGGAUAUAAGUCAUGAGAUUGUUUGGUAUGCCCUUUGAAUAUUCUCCAAUUCUUCCGCUCUCGUGAGCUCCAAUAGGAUUGAAGUGCCUCAGAGGAAUUAUCCUCCACUCUGGUUCUGUCGCGGGAAUGUCUCUAGCUAUCUUGUCAAGAAACAGUUGCACAGAUAGAAAUGAAAUUUCAAGAUCUAAGUCACAUAUGAUAUAUGAUCUUCUGUAAUAUUUGUUUCAUUAUUACAGAAAAACUAAUGGGGAUCAUGUGAGUCGAAGAGCACACACUAUUUGAGUAAUUCAUCAUUCAAUCUUUUUAAAAAAGUUAUUUUCUUUUUCUUUUUUCUCCGCAUAUGCAUAUGUGUUAUUUAUGGUUUAAAUUAAGACAUCAGUCAAAAGUAUAAAAUAUCAUAAACUAAUGUGUAAUCAUAGUUCACAAAUUUUUUGAAAGAUUGAUUUUCUGUCAACCCAAACUAGAAAAGCUAUUAUAAGCAUAAAAAUUUUAAAGUUAAAACAAUAGGGAUUUGAUGAGUAAAUUAUAUGUGUAUUUUUUAAUUUAAUAUGGAUAGUGUAAAAGUGAUAAAUAUUAUCUUCUUCUUUUUCUUACUGGAAACACAAAUCUAUUAUUAUAAGCAAUGGUGGAAAAGUCAGAAACACUUCCCUUCCGAAAACCAAGAAACGGUAUUGAGAAAUAGAAAUACAAAUUUAGAGAAAUUUGCGUGGCCACAUCUACAUCCGAAUUUACCUCUCAAAAAUUUAACUAAUCCAAGUUAAAAAAGACUACAUAACUGCGUCCAUAAGUAGUUAAUACAUUCUUGUUACCUUUGAUUACGAGGACAAAAAAAUGUAUGCUUCAGAUUGCCGUUACCGAGGCUACAUCUUACUUCUAGUUCUAUUUUAUUCACUUGUGUUUGAUUUAGCUUCAAAAAUAGACAUUUCUGAUGAUGUAAGAGGCAACCAAACCGACAGUAACUGGAAACGUUUUCUCUCUAAUUCCAAUCAACAUGGCAAAGAAUAUACUAGUUGUAUAAGUGUAGGUGCUGAAAUUCCAAAGCUGUAUCUUUUUUGUGAUGAAUCACCUAAAGACAUUAUUACAAAGAUCAAUUUUGCUGAUUAUGGAAAUCCUAUCAGUGGUUGUAAAGACAAUAGACACGGCAAUUGCAGCGCACCAGCUGCCUUGAGGGUGGUCAAAAAGAAUUGUCUUGGAAAACUCAAGUGUGAGCUUAAGAAUUCGGACGAGAUGUUUGGUCCGAGUCACUGCAAAAAAGAUAUUAAGCUCACUGUUGAAUAUACUUGCACAAAAUCUUAGGUUUUUAAGUUUCUCCUUAAUUAAGGAUUUAAAAAUAAUUUUGGUUUGUUUCGUUAUAUGAUCAUGUUCUUGUUGAUUAUUAAAGGAGCAUUUCAGAUAUAUUUUUUUAUUUGUUAUUUUGUAACAAAGGUUGAUGUGUAGAACCACAAAAUUUCUGAUUGAAAACCAUGAAACAGACGGUUGAAAACGAUAAUAUAGCGGUAAACGUUUGAAAAUCAUUAGGAAAUAAACGAAAGAACAAACAAUGUCAAGAUUUUGUCUAUUUCUUUAACUCAAUAAAUUGGAUGUAAUAUGUGACAGUUAUGUACGAUUUUUGAAUUACAUGAUACAAAUGCGUUGAAACUAUUUUGAAAUAUCCUAAACAGAAUCUGCGAACUUAUAUCUACGAUAUACUCUUGAGAUUUAAUUACGUUGAAAAGGACUAAAGAGUUUGAAAGUUUUAUUUACGCCAGAACGUACAUAUAAAAAGAGAAGUAAAUAUCUAUUUAUAUAAGAAGAUAUAUUUGAUCUCCAAGAUAAGUAUAAACAAAAAGAGAAAAGUAAUAUUUGUGAAUCUUCUUUUUUUUUUUUCAAGUAGAGGGUAACAAAAAAUUUCCGAUAUUAUCUGAAAGUAUUCCAAAAUUAUUUUGGCGCAAUCUUAAAGAUUUGGAUUUAUCAAGAUAUUGUAGACAAAAAUUAAUAAAAUUUAUCUACAAUAUUAUGCAAAAGUUUGACAUGAAUUUGCUCCACAAAUAACAUUUUUGUGAGCCAUGUGGCCAUAUUCAUCAAGACCUAAGACCAAGUCAGGCUCGGCAUUGGCGGGUGUGCAUGUGAGGUUUGCCUAUAUCCCUCUCCCUCAUUUUCCAUAGUGUCUCCGCAAGAUUUCAAAAAUUUUAAUAGAAUAUCAUAUAUACUUUUUACUCUUCGCCAUGGUUUAAUAAGAAAUUUUUCAUUAGAGCCCAAAAAGACAUAUUUUCGCAUUUGUCUUUACAAUUAAUCCAACAUUUACUCAGUACAAUGGACUUGUAAAAUUCGGCUCCAACAAUCCUCCACAUGAAUAGAAAUUACUCUAAACACUUGCAAACUAGAUAGACUAUGCAAGCUUGACAGACAAGGCUUAACAAUAGAAUAUACAGACCGGCUCUUUGAGAGUAUACUCGAAUACUAGCUGUUGUAUGAGGUAAUAUCAUAGUUCAGCCAUGAACCAAUCAUUGUUAAUAUCCCUUGAGUUUUGCUUAGUCAAUAGGUGAAUAUGAUGUCGCGAACACCCAUAUUUUUAUGAAAUCGAGACAACAUGUAUAACCCAGUUUCAUUUUCUCAGAAUUAAUUAUGUUCUCUAUUAAGUUCAUUUUAAUCAUGAACUAAUCUGGUUUAUCAUGUAUACUUGGAGAGCAUAGCCUGGACUUCAUGUCUCAUUUACACUCACUAAGUGCAGUUGUCAUAUAAACAGAAAGUAUUUUGUAAUACUUCACAUACCUAUAUAUGAAGGGUAUGGUCUUAUCUCAUUAAGCAUUCAUUUUUUACAUGAACCAUUGUUGACAUCGUGAGAUGUGAGUAAUUCUCAGUACUUUUAUUAGAUUAUGCUUGAUUUAGUUGUCCCUUUGAACUGGCAUCUUAGGAUCUCAAAUCACGUUGGUGGAGUUUCCAUCAAACAUUCUCUUUAGUCAAAAGCAAUAAAAUCAUUUUUGAUGAUUUCAAUACUUGAUGUCUUAGUAAACCUUUCGUAAAUGGGUCUGCAUGGGUCUUUUUUUUUUUUUUGAGAAACUCAAUAGAUGUCUCACAAAUGAUGAUGCUCUAAGAUGGACAGUGUUAAAGGUGAUAAAUACUAUCUUUUUUUUUCUUUUUUUGAAAAUACAAUUCUAUUAAUAAGCAAUGGUGAAAAAGUCAUAAGCAAUGCCCUUCCGAAAACUGGAUUGAGAAAUAGAAUUACAAAAUGAGAGAAAUUUGUUCAGCUAUAUCUACACACGAAUUUGCCUCUCCAAAACU